AUGAUUUAUAGUAGGUGUGCUGCUUGCAAGAGUCAAAGAAGAAGGUGCCCUCCUGAUUGCAUUUUCUCUCCAUAUUUCCCUCCCAAUGAUCCUCAAAGAUUUUCUUCUGUUCACCGUAUCUAUGGUGGUAGCAAUGUUGGAAAAAUGCUUCAGCAAUUGCCUCACUAUGUACGACACCAAGCUGCAAAUUCUAUGUAUUUAGAAGCACAAUGUAGGGUUCAAGAUCCUGUUUAUGGAUGUGUUGGGAUUAUCUCUAAAUUAUCUCAACAAAUUCAAGAUACAGAAGUUGAGUUGGCAAAAAUAAAAACUCAGAUUGCUUAUCAUAAACUCCAUAAUCAACAAUUUGAUUCUUAA